AUGAAACUCCUUCACGGCCCUCUCCCCAGCCACAGAUCUGUCAUUUACUCCAUCAUUUAUAGUGAUGCAACAGGACAGAGAGGAAUGGAUAAAAAUAUUGGCGAGCAACUCAAUAAAGCUUAUGAAGCCUUUCGACAGGCAUGCAUGGAUAGAGAUUCUGCAGUAAAAGAACUACAGCAAAAGACUGAGAACUAUGAGCAGAGAAUACGUGAGCAACAGGAACAGCUGUCACGUCAGCAAACGCUCAUUGACAAACUCAAGUCACAGUUACUUCUGGUGAAUUCCAGUCGAGAUAACAGUUGUGGCUAUGUUCCCCUGCUUGAAGACAGUGAAGCAAGGAAGAAUAAUUUGACUCUUGAUCAGCCUCAUGAUAAAGCAAAAUCAGGAAUACCAAGAGAAAAAGAAUCAAAGGUAAGAAGACAAGAGGUUUCCUCUCCAAGAAAAGAAACUUCAUCAAGGAGUCUUGGUAUUCCUUUAUUCCAUGAAAGGAGCUAUAUAGAGAAGACUUUCUGGGAUCUGAAAGAAGAAUUUCAUAGAAUAUGCGUGCUAGCUAAAGCACAAAAAGAUCACUUAAGCAAACUUAAUGUACCAACCACUGCAGCUGAGACACAGUGCUCUAUGCCUAUACAGUGUACGGAUAAAACAGAUAAACAAGAAGUGCUGUUUAAGCCUCAGGCAAAAGAUGAUAUAAAUAGAGGUGCACCAUGCAUCACAUCUGUCACACCAAGAGGACUGGGCCAAGAUGAGGAAGACACAUCUUUUGAAUCACUUUCUAAAUUCAAUGUCAAGUUUCCACCUACGGACAGUGACUCGACUUUCUUACAUAGCACUCCAGAAAGACCCGAUGUCCUUGGUUCUGUCACAGCUGAGACUGUGUGCCAGGAUCAGUUUAAUAUGGAGCCCAGAGACAAUCCAGGAAACUUUGUCAAAACAGAAGAAACUUUAUUUGAAAUUCAGGGAAUUGACCCCAUAGCUUCAGCUAUACAAAACCUUAAAACAACUGACAAAACAAAACCCUCAAAUCCUUGUAUUAGGACAUCUCUGGACAGAGCUCCGUGUUUGCCACCUGGAGACCAUAAUGCAUUAUUUGUAAAUACAUUCCCACUUCAGGACCCAUCUGAUGCACCUUUUCCUUCACUCGAUUCCCCAGGAAAAGCUAUCCGAGGACCACAGCAGCCCAUUUGGAAGCCCUUUCCUAAUCAAGACAGUGACUUAUCGGUACCAAGUGGCACAGGCUCUGAACUGCAUAUACCUCGAGUAUGUGAAUUCUGUCAAGCAGUUUUCCCACCAUCCAUUACAUCCAGGGGGGAUUUCCUCCGGCAUCUUAAUUCACACUUCAAUGGGGAGACUUAA